GCUCCUGGGACCCAGGACCUUUCCUUUCGGACGAGCUUUACAUGGCCUACUGCGAGCCGAGGACCCUUCUGAGGUUGCUGCGCUGGCCAGAUUGUGGGAUUCUUUGGGCUUGCUUCGCCUUGCUCCUUCCCGAACCCGCCCCGGACCGUGACAGGAUGAUCAUUGACAGAAGGGGUCAGAACUAUGCUGAGUGCAGGCGUCAGGCUAUAUACUGCGCGGCCACGGAUAGUCUGCUGUGUGCAAGCUUGACGCGUUCUCUUCUUUGCUUCCUCCGUGCCCUCUUGGCCGCGAGACUCGUCUGGACUGCCUUUCAGAUCAUCCUCGUCCCGAUCUUCGGGACCCGGAGAUCAGUUGGGAGUGGAAUUCGGGACGGCAGCCCACGGGUGUUUGUUGGAGGUACCGCAGGGGCUCAGGGAUUAGUGAUCGAUGACUUUUUCUCGGUCAGUGUUCAUGACGACGCCGACUCCUCUGCUCCAGGCUGUUUGGGACACCUCGCCACUGCCAAGGCCAUCUACGCCUCUGAAGGUUUGGCCGGGUCUGAUGAUAAGGAUGUUCUAGGGUCGACCUUCGCAAAGAUUGCUGGAGGGGAACUGAAUUCCUCUUCGGGUGCCCGGGCUCAGGGUUUGAUCACUAUUGCCGCUCCGGCUUCAAAGAGGGUUGCUCUUUCGGUGGUGACGUUGGAGGCUGCUAGGUUUCAGCAUGUCACUGACGUUUUGCUGUUGUCGAUGCUGGGUAGCUGGACGUCCGCGGCCUUGUUCAGGCCGAAGCUUUAUGGGCUUUCAAGGCCCGCUGCUCAGGAGCUUGUGAUCAUGAGCGUGCUCUCUACCUUGGCGGCUUCGGAAAUUUCUGCCCCUCUUAGUCCCCUCCUUUUUGCUACGGAUGCUUCUGAGCAUAAAGGAGGGUACGUCGCGGCCGACGUUGGAGCUGAAGUUAUUCGGUUUGAUGAUCGGGAAGUCGUUGACCUGAGGCUCCUUCGUGACUCCUUUGUCCCCACUCCCUCCAGACCUCUGGCCUUUUUCUUCGACUUUCUUGAGGUCUCCAUCAAGGUGAGCCCUGUCUAUGACAUCAUGCAGCUCAGGUUUGGGUCGUGGCCGUCUUGGAGAUCGGCCUCGCUUCCCAAAGGUAGCUGGCCUGGCCAGCCUAGGUCUGUACGUGCGCUUUCUGCAACGACUCUGCCGUUGGUGUACGGUCCAGGCCUCGAGAGCUACGUGCUCAACGACAUAGUGACUUCCGUCACUUGGCGCGACGGUGACUCUUGGUAUUGGCCCUAUGAGGAUUGUCGUGCUGGUCGAUUCCUCAGCCUCACGCCCAUUCUUCGCAAGAUUGGGGCUCUGUGCCUUGCUGCUGGUCUUUUCCCAGUCUACCACUACGCCCUUGGAAUCAUCGUUUUGGACUUCACUUUCGAUAUAGAUCUCGCUGAUCUCUUUGAUCUGCAGCCUCAGACUACUCGAAAGCUGAACCUUCUGCUGACGCGCUACGGGCGAGAACUCUUCGAAGCUGGCUGGCCCUACUCUCACUACUCGGAGGUCAUCAAUGCCGUUUCUGGAAAAGAACCUGCCUUGCGAAGAAGCCUACAACCAGCGUGGGAUUUGGCUUUUGCUUGGCUCCGUGAGGAACCUCACUCUCAUCACGUUGCUCUUCCCUGGCAGGUUCUCCUGGCUAUGGUCACGACUUCCAUCAUGUGGGGUUGGCCUCGGGUUGCUGGCAUGCUGGCCCUUACCUGGGGCGCUUUGAUGCGAGUCGGCGAGACGCUAGCAGCAAGGCGAAGAGACCUGCUCCUUCCUUCAGACGUUGGCGACACGGUGUCCUAUGGCCUG